AACGGUCUUGACUUACGCAAGUAUCAACGAAGACCGCAAACCAAAAACCCCAAACACGAUCGAGAAGCCAAGAUCUGGUGGCUGGUGGCGAUUUCUUCAAAAUCCAUGUCCAUGGAUCUCCCAAACUUUCUCCACCACCACAAUCAACAGAACCACCAUAGCCAUCACAACCUCAAUCAACCAAGGUACGUCUCCGUUCCCAAUUCCUCUCGUCCUCACUAUCCCGACGAUCCCAAUUCCCAAAACCCUCGCUAUCUCCACCACCACCACCACCACCACGUUCUUCAGCCUCCGCCGCCGCCUCCUCCGCCGCCUCAGACGCCGCGGUUUCAGCCCCCUCCUCUACCGAAGCCAUCCCCCUACCACCCUGCUCCGACGGUCCACAGCCACACCUCCAGUCCCGGUCAAUCCCAAUUCGCCUUCGCGAACCCUAGCCAUGAUCGCUCCUUUGAUGGCGAUCACCCGAGAUCGUCCUAUCCUCUUCGAGAGUUCGCUCCUUCGUCCAAGGUUUCGCACCGAUUGCCCGUCGUCGAGGAUGAUCGCCCUCGGCAUCGCGUGCCUGAGUUUGACCCGGAGAGUCGCCAGGAAUUUUGGGAGCAAUCUAGGGUUUUGGCGGAGAAUCUGCCGGAGAGGACGCACUUGCCUCUGGACUUUGCCUCCGGUUCUCAGAAGUUUCAGUUCGAUCACAAGGCUAUGUCGCCGUACAAGACGAGUAACAGAGUGAGACAUGAUUCCGAGACUAGUGCUAGGUUUAGAGUGGAAUAUGCUGAUGUAUAUGAAUCGAAGUACAGAGAGGAGGUUCCACUGGGUCGUGAGGAUGAGAAUUAUGGUCGCUCCGGUAAUUUCUUGUCCAGUCAAGGUACGUCUUUUCAUGAUGUGGGAUUUGUGUCUAAUUCGAGUUUAUCAUUGAGAAAUUUGGAGUCUGAAUCUGAGAAUUGUCAUGGCAAUCGUAAUGGUUCGGCUCAUGAUAAGGAAUUGUUCAGGAGUGGUAGAAGGGAUGCUGGUUAUGAAAAUCAAAGACGGGUUCAUGAUCGGAAAGUCCCUAGAGAUGCACAUAAGUCCUCUUUUGAGAGGGGAGGUGGUGAGAUAAGUAAUGGUGAUGGGGCUUAUUUCGUUUCACACAAGCGCGGGUAUUAUGGUUCAGAAUCUGGCAGGUAUAAUAAUAGAGGAAGCAGGGAUGGCGCUCACGAAUUUAAUCGCACUCCGAGGAAGCAAAUACAGAAGAAGAGUGCUCUUCUUCGGCUACAAAAGCAGAAUCACAGGAAUACGAAGAGCGAGCAGUCGCAAUAUUCUGGUUAUCUUGAUAACUCGAACUCUAGUUAUUUUAGACGCAGAGAUCACCACGCGUAUGUGAGCAACGGAGUUGAUGAAGAAGAAGAAAAAGAGGGAAGCCCUGUCGAGCUUGAUGUUUCUUUCAAAUCCAAUUCGCUUGUGGCCAAGGCAAUAUCCACACCGACGGGCUGUUCUAAUGUUAAUGAUGCUGAUUCGACACUGAGAAAUAUGAAAGGUGGGAAAGAUUCUGUUGCUGACAGUGAUUGUUCAAAUGCAAAGUUGACUAAACUCACUGACAAUACUAUAAACGUGGACAGCUCCAUGCAAUUGGCAAACAGUGUCUCUAGUCCUGACAAGAAAAUGACACAAUCGGAUGGGAAAAUUACUUCUGAUAUCAAGGCUAUGUGUAAUGCUAGUACACAGGCUUGUUCGAGUGUGACUAAUCAUUCUUUUGAAAAGAAGGAAGUGCAAAGGUCUCCUAAGAGUGCUGAUUUCGAUAAAGUUGGUACCAAAGUUGGUCCUAGGAAACCUUCUCUCAAGGUUGUUAAGAAGAAAAAAGUGGUGAAGAAAAAAGUGAAAAAAGUUGUACGCUCUAAUCCACAGCAAAAGAAGAAGCAUGAUGAAACCGUGACGACAGAUGCCCACAUUCCUAUUCCAUCUGAAGCCUUUGGAAUUGACAAGGUUGCUGUGUCUUUGUCUCAUCCUUGUCCCAAUGAAACAAAUAUGUUGCAUGUGGGAAGAAAUGUAGGAAGUUCUCCAGUGGCUAUAGAAUCAGAGGAACAUCGCAUUGAUGAAACUGGUACAAAAUGUGAAAAUCCAGUUGAGAAAAAUGGGAACAAGUUAAAUACUUGCUUGGGUUUUUCAAGUCUGGAAGAAAUCAAAAUUGCCAAAAAUCCUGAAAAUACAGAGUACUUUGGCCAGAGUUCUCAUGCCAUAUCAAAUAAUAAUGAGAAUUUAGUUAAAUCUCUUAAUGAAAGUACUUUUCUUGAUAUAGUGAAUGUGGAAGAUGUUAAACAGUCUCGUCAGAGUGGAGACUCCUUAUUUGAGUUAGAUAAGGAGAACUCUUCACCAAUCACGUUGCCUGUAAGAGACAAGGCUGAUUCUUCUUUGUUAAAUUCAGGGAAUAUCAAAAUGCAUGACAAUCUUAUGAAUAUAUGUUGUUCUGCCGAUGGUACGGACACCACCUUGGAUAUUGUUGAUGGUACAAAAUUGUCAAUAGAGGAAAACCCAGUUCGUGAAGAGAUUUCAAAGUCUACUUUAUCAGCAAGAAGCAGUGUAACAAUUUGUGGUUUGCCAAGUUCAGGGGAAAGUACAAUGGAUGCACACACCUCACACCAUGAUAGUGACAGACGUACCUCCCUGGGCUACAACAAUGAGAGCAAUUACGAAGAGAUUACUAUUUCCAGAAGUGGCAUUGUUGAUUGUAUUAUUGAGCAACCACCGACAGACAGUUCCAGUGGACUACCUGAAAAUAGUGCCAUUGGAAGCUCUCAAAAUACUAAAAUUUCAGUUGGAGAUGAUGAAGAGGAUACACCUGUGACUAGGAAGGGGAGAACAAUUAGGAGUCAAUUAGAUUUUUCUAGGACGAAAAACGUUGAUAUGGAUCCGGUUAAUGUUUCUAACCCUGCUACUGCUGUGGAUACAAAAUUAAGUUUACCUUUUGAAGAUACAAGUAGUGAAGUAGUUGCAGUUUCGUUUAUGGGAAGUUUGGAUGAUGCCUUACAGCCUGUAAAAAAUCAAGCCUGUGGUUCGUCAGAUGGUUUUCCGGAGGCUAACUUAAGUGCUAGAGAUGGUGUUAAUGAUGGUUUCCACGUCACUCCUUUUAAGAGCAGAAAGAGAAGAAAAGUUUCUGCCUCUCAUCAGGCAAUGUCUAGUUUGACUACUGCCCAGACUGAUGAACAACCAGCAGCAGACAAAUCUUCAUUUUGUGCGGAAGCACCAUUGACUUCAAAUGAAGUUUUGGCGCAACAAAACAUGGAAUUGGACACAUCAUCUAAAGAUGAUGUUUGUGCUGCAACUGAUUUGAUGAAUUCUGAAAAUGUGAUCACUGUUUCGGAUGGCAAUAAGCUGUCCGAAGGAUUUUCUAAUGCUAUGGGUGUUGGGAGUUUCGUUAAUGAAGAACCGAGAAAAGAUGACGGCGUCGUUAUGGCUGUUAAUGAUCAUCAGUUUGAGGUUUUUAACGUUCAAAGCAGAAGCGAAGAAGAAGUGGGUGUCCCUGCUUCAAAAGAGGAAGUUAUUGGUCAAGAUGAGACACCUCAAUGCACAAUUUCUUCAGGUAUCCAGCCUCCAGAUAUAGGUAAAAGUUUUUCUUUUACAGAUAUGGGAUCUGAUAAUCUUCUUGUAAAGGAUGAUUUUCCCAAUUUGCCGAAUUAUCUGUCUUCGCCUAAUGAUUGCAGUGGAGCAACCUCCACUGAUGAAGCAAUGGAUUUUGUGCCUGAUUCACCAACAAUGACGAGUUCUCCACAAACCUCGUUAGAUGUUCCUGAUGUAAACAUGUCGGAUGUCACAUCAGUCAGCCAAAUAUCCAAUCAAAUUUGUAGGGAAGACGAAAAGCUAGUUCAAAAGUCUCUGGAUGAUAAGGGUUCUGAGGUAUCUGCUCAAAAAUCAUUUUCUCAGUGUACCAAAAGUAAUCUAACGUCAGAUUCUGCAACUGAAUGUGACCAAGCAAUUGGGGGGAAGACAGCACCAUUGUCUUUGCAAGAUUGUAGAAGUACAUCCCGUGGUGUCAAUAUUGAAAGUGUUGAAUCUAAUGAGCAGAAGAACCAGCUUGAUCAAGCCGUUUCUAGGACAUUUCCUGGCCGUUCAUCUUUUAGACUUACUACCUUUAAAAAGAGAGCAAAUUCUACCCAUGCCAAUCCAAGAACUUGGCAUCGAAAUGUUAAUUCUUCUGCUUGUGCUCUUCCUGGAAGUAAGACUUUCUCAAAGAACGUUCCUUCCCAAAAGCAGUUACCAGAAAGAGAUGAGAAGGUUCAGAGUACUUCUUAUGUACGUAAAGGUAAUAGCCUUGUGAGAAAACCUUCUCCAACUGCUGCUCUAUCCCAGGGUCCUCCCAGCUUUAGUCCUGUUUAUCGGUUGAACUCAGCUGGUUCAGACGAAUUAAAGAGGAGCAUCGAAUCAGAUAACAGGGUCAGUCUUGGUAACACACAUGAUUUAUCGAGGGUGGGAGAAACAAAGGCUUCUUGCAAUAAUCCUGGACCAUUGCCGAUACAAAGUGGGAGCAAAUUACCCAAUUCUGUUGCCAUAUCCCCAGGGGAUUGUACGGCCUCCCCAUCUGCAGGUCUUCUUUCUAAUGACCGCUGUGAAACUAAUUCAGAUCCUAUAAGUUCUACUGAGAAUAAUGAAACACCUAACUUGGUUGAGGAUUCAUUGACUUCUGAAGCUUUUGAAAACCAAAAUGGCCAACUUAACAGUUUGGACAACCAGACUGAACUAAGUAAUGCGAAUUUGGCAUCCUCAAACAUGAAGCAGAUAGUGUAUGUAAAGCGCAAAUCAAAUCAAUUGGUUGCAACUUCAAAUUCUACCAGUGCCGAUAAGAUUCAAACCUCAUCCUCUGAUGGUUACUACAAGAGGAAAAAAAAUCAGCUCAUAAGGACUUCGUUGGAAAGUCACACCAAACAGCCAGUUAUGCCUGAUGACAAUUUCAACUUGGGUGUCCAAAUGACUCUUGGUGUCAUUCCAAACAGAAGUAAGCGGCGCGGACAUAAAGUUGUUCCCAAGACAUUCAAACGUUCAACAAACUCUUUGGUGUGGACACUAUGUAGCACAGAGUCCACAAAGGUUAAUAGUGGUUCGCUGUACCACCAGAAGGUUUUCCCUCACCUUUUUCCUUGGAAAAGAACGACAUACUGGAGAAGUUUUAUGCUGAAUUCGAAUUUGAUUUAUAAAAGUAGUUCCUUAGCAAUCAGUAAGAAAUUGCUGCUAUCAAGAAAGCGGGAUACUCUUUACACAAGGUCACUAAAUGGAUUUUCACUACGAAAAUCCAAGGUCUUAAGUGUUGGUGGUGCAAGUUUAAAGUGGUCAAAAUCCCUUGAAAACCGUUCAAAGAAAGUUAAUGAGGAAGCUACACUUGCAGUUGUUGCUGUAGAUAAGAAGAAGAGAGAACAGAAAGAAGCUACAUGCAUUAGUUCUGGGUCUAAGAGUAGAAAUCACUCUUCACGAGAACGAAUAUUUCGCAUUGGGACAUCCCGUUACAAAAUGGAUCCUUCAAGGCGGACACUUCAGAGGAUAUCAGAUGAUGAAUCAUCACCUGCAGCUUCCGCUUAUCCAGCUAAGGAUUUAAAAACAUCUUUCGUUCCAAGAAGAUUAGUGAUUGGAAAUGAUGAAUAUGUCCGGAUUGGCAAUGGCAACCAGCUUAUUAGAAAUCCAAAGAAACGAACUCGUAUAUUGGCGAGUGAGAAAGUUCGUUGGAGCUUGCACACUGCUAGACUCCGGUUAGCAAAAAAGAGAAAGUACUGUCAGUUUUUCACUAGAUUCGGGAAGUGCAACAAGGAUAGUGGGAAAUGUCCCUAUAUUCAUGAUCCAUCCAAAAUUGCAGUUUGUACGAAGUUUCUGAAUGGUCUAUGUUCCAAUGCCAACUGCAAAUUAACUCACAAGGUUAUUCCAGAAAGAAUGCCGGAUUGUUCUUACUUUUUGCAAGGUUUAUGCACCAAUCAAAGCUGUCCAUACAGACAUGUAAAUGUGAAUCCAAAAGCGUCUACCUGUGAAGGAUUUCUCAGGGGAUAUUGUGCUGACGGUGACGAGUGCCGGAAGAAGCAUAGCUAUGUCUGUCCCACUUUUGAAGCAACUGGAACCUGUCCUCAAGGAUCAAAAUGCAAGCUGCAUCACCCCAAAAACCGACUCCACGGAAAGAAAAGGAAGCGAUUGAGAAAACUAAAGAAUGGUAAAGGGCGUUACUUUGGUUCCCCAGAUAUCAAUGUGUCAGAGUCUAAAACAACGGUGUCUGAAAAGCACUUUGCGCAAGAUUACAAUGACCUCUCUUUGGAAGGAAAGUGUGGCGAUUUUAUUGCCAUUGAUGUCAGUGAUGACGACACUGGUGAAUGCAAUGAUUCGAGGAACUCGCAAAUAACAUUUUGUGACGGUGAUAACUCGGACUUGGAAUCAGAGGAUCUUGAUGAGUUGAUCAAACCACUUCGUAUAAUGGUACAAGUCUAAUAACGUAGUUUCGCUCCGGGCAGCAGCAUAGCUAGAGCCAGUUAACAAUCCAAGUCGUGUACCCAUUGUAGAAUUCAGUCAAUUAUAAAUGUAUUAGGAAGAAGUUUUAACCAUGAGAGAGAGAGAGAGAGAGAGAGAGAGAGAGAGAGAGAGAGAGAGGUUCUUGUUUUAUCUUCUGUUCUUUUCUUUGUUGUGGUAUAGGAGUUUUCCCCCCAUUUUACUUGAUUAGAAAGAAGUUUAUUUUGUACAUGGAUGGUAUUAGAAAUAAGAAAUGACGUUGUAUAAUAAA